CGCUGCGUCAAUAUGGUAGACUGUCGCGCACCGAAUCUAAUUUCCAGACGUCUCUCUCUCAUCAUCAUCAUCAGUAGCUAGCUUAUUCAUCGAUCGAAUCGAUCUAGGGUUUCUCUCUCUCUCCUCAAAUCUGAUUCCUGGAAUUGCAGGUGCAGAUAUUGAUUGCCUUUCAGAUUUCGCCGAGCUUUUUAGCGUACUGAAUUAUUAAGCAACAAUCAAAAAAUGCAGGCAUCAAGGGCAAGGCUUUUCAAGGAAUACAAAGAGGUGCAGCGAGAGAAAGCAGCGGACCCGGAUAUUCAACUAGCUUGUGACGAUUCCAAUAUAUUUAAAUGGACUGCUCUUAUCAAGGGACCAUCAGAAACUCCUUUCGAGGGUGGUGUUUUCCAGCUCGCUUUCUCUGUCCCUGAGCAGUAUCCUCUGCAACCUCCUCAAGUCCGGUUCUUAACCAAAAUAUUUCACCCCAAUGUGCAUUUUAAGACAGGAGAGAUUUGCCUUGAUAUCCUGAAGAAUGCAUGGAGUCCAGCUUGGACGCUCCAGUCGGUUUGUAGGGCUAUAAUUGCUUUAAUGGCCCAUCCAGAACCUGAUAGUCCACUGAAUUGUGAUUCAGGCAAUCUUCUGCGCUCUGGCGAUAUCCGAGGAUACCAGUCUAUGGCAAGGAUGUACACUAGGCUUGCAGCUAUGUCAAAGAAGGGGUGACUCGACUAAUGACACUAUUAUGACAAAAAACUCUUUAUGUGUGUGCAUUCAACUAUUGUGACAAAAAACUUGAAGGAACUUAUAACCUCUGAACCAAAACUGUAAUUAGUUGUGCUGUUUGUGUACUACUUUUUGUUUAUUUUCUUUUUUCCUCUUUUCUUGCAUCUGCAAUAUGCUUUAGUACUUCCAAUUAUUGAAAUAUUUUGCUUAUUUUAGGCCUAGAGAAUAAUUUAUAUUUUGUUUCUUUUGGUUGUCGAUAAUGGAAUAACUCAUGCAGAUUACUAUC